UGUAUUCCUCGGUUUGGCAAUCAGGAGUGUGGUCUAUGAAACUAUGAGCAUAUUUGCGUCCCCUAGCGGUUCGCGGUCACCUUGCACAUAGCAAUCACUUCGAUUCACAUACCAUGGUAGUAGUUAGGGGGGAGCGACACCCGAGUGAUCCUUCUCACAAAGAGCAAUUUCAAAACCAUAUACUUUUGCCUUGCUUUACUUUAAUUAGCAAACUUUUCAACCAAAAUCGAUUCACGAGAUAAUGACUUAAAUGACUGACGUAGGGAUACACAGACUGGCCCGAGUCGAUAUUUAAACAUACUUGCCAUGUAUUACACCCGACUAAGGUUUAUACUUGGACCUUAGGCGGGAAUUAAUUGUGACAUUCGGAUCGAGUCAAGUUUUUGGCGCCAUUGCCAGGGACAACGGUUUGUUAUUUUGAAAAAGUUAUUUGGUGUUAAUCUAGCUUUUCAUUUUCAAUUUUGAAAGUGUGUGUGCUUUGCUUGUGCUAGACUUGGUAUUGUUUUCUUAUUGUGUGUAAGGAGGUGCAUGACCCGGAGCAAUCCAGCACCUUUGCUACCCCGUGACGAGGACAUAAACCGAACUCUCCGGCUCCUAGCACGGGAGAGAGAGCUAGUGGAGGCAAGGAGAAGAGGUGAAGAAAGGGGACAACAAUUUGGUCCCAGUGCUAGUGGAGAAGAAGUCGAGGAAGUGGAAGUUGAACCCGUCGUUGGAGUAGAAAUGGCGGGGAACCAAAGACAAGAGGGAGUCGCCCAAGCUCGUAACCUAAAGGAUGAGGCGGCGGAAGAGGAAGCCUGAGGACAAUGGGAUACUAUAUGGCCCCACGGCCGGCGGACAUUCAAUCACCAAUCCUACACCCUCCCGUGGCGGCAAACAAUUUCGAGAUAAAGCCGGCUCUAGUGACUAUGAUACAGAACAAUGCUUUGUGCCACGGUCUUCAGAGCGAGUCACCAAGAGAGCACGUGCAGAGAUUCUUGGAGCUCGCAGGGAGCUUGAAAAUCAAUGGUAUGACGAGUGAAGCUUUGCAACUGAGGCUUUUUCCCUAUUCACUUGCGGGGAAAGCACUCCGUGGUUAAAAAACCGCCCACCUCGGUCAAUCACCUCAUGGGACGAUCUUCUCAACAAAUUCAUGUCCCGCUACUGCCUGUCUUAGUACCGUUGAUUCAUGUGGUAUUGAUGACUCUCCUUAUGUUUUGUUGUGGACUCGUGUACCGAAAAAGGGUGUUCAAGUGUGAAAAGAAAAAAAGCACUUGGUCCUCCAUGUCAAAAAUUUGAAAUUUCUAAAACAUGGGGUAAGCCCAAUGUGUGUGUCAUCGUUCAUUGCACAAAAUCGGGUUUUGGAAGAGAUUUUAGUGAUCCUUGGUGGGGUAGGCCUACAAGGUGAAGCUAAGUUGUCUUUAGUACAAGUAAAAUUUCCACCCGUUGAACAAUUUUCCUACUCGAGGAUGUGUUUUUAAGGGCACGGAUAGAGCUCCCGACCCCCCUUAAUUUCAUUGACUCUUUACACGAAGUGAGGAAUAGGAGUUGAAAGAAGUACUCUGACGAGCGACAGAUGUACAUAAAUUUCUCUUGCUCACCUAAUACGGGCAGACCGCGCAUAAAAACUACAGUUGGAACCCUAACAAAAGAAAACAAAAGAAAAAGAAACAAAUAAUAAAGGAAAUGGGUUCCAACAAGUGAGAUGAAAUGGAAGAGCACCCGAUACAAAGAGUCCUUAGUCGUUAAAUUGUGAUAGUCUCCUUAUCCAUGAACUGACUGUCUUAGUUCUACUGCUACUCAUGAUCCUGGCUUGAGUGUAGUACUCGCAUUGAGAGAGAUAGGAGACGUCUUAGAAGACCAGUUGACCUCGUAAGUUGCUAAAUGAUCUAGGAAAUCCUCUGCCGACGAUUGGGGUUGCUUGUUGCCGUAAAGUUCUGGAGAGCUGCAUUGGGUUUGAGUCAGGUUUGCUUGGGGACAAGCAAACAGUUAAGUGUGGGGGAAUUUGACGACUCGAUAUUUGCACAUGUUUUUGUCCAUCAUUCUUAUAUUGUUUGAGGCUCGGAUCUCGGGUUUUAAGUCGAUUUUAUGCUAGGUUGUUCUUGUGUAUGACAUUUCAGGUAUUAAGAAAUAGAGCAAAGAUGAUAAUAACACGAAAGAAUGCGUGAAUGAAAGUUUGAGUACGAGUUUGGGGUCGAUUGGGAGAAAUCGGGACGAGCGAAGGGAGAGCAGACAAGUUGCACAGCCAGGACGGGAAAGCACACGACCGUAUAUGGUUGCCUUUGUGACCGUGCAGUAUUUACCGAGAAGCUGCACGGCCUGACCUUGUUUUUCGCACGGCCGUGCACGAUGAAAUUGUGGCCUUGCUAAUUUCUGCGAGAGCAAUGCACGACCAGGCUCUCGGAUUGCACGGGUCGUGCAAUGGCCGUGCACCCCUCUAUUUUAAGUAAAUGAAACGACGCGUUUUGGGGUUGCAUGGGCAGACUAUGGGAUUGCACGUCGUGCACUCUAGCCAUGCAAUUGCGGGCAGCUGCAUUAAAACCCAAUUUCGGGUGUUGGAGAAGGAGAACGAUUUUUCAUAGCAAAAACAGAGUCCUAGAGAGAGAAAGUGCGAAGAACAAACCCUAGAGGUGAUU